UUCAGGCCUCUUGUCCUUCCAGCCACCGCCUUUCAGUAGAUUCAGGACCGCAGUCCAUCUCAGUAUGCCUAUUUUAUCGCAAAGGAGAGGAUAAAAUCUUUCUUAUGAUUUCCGAACAUGCGGAGCUUCGAAGCGCGUUCGUCGCGGCGGCGGAAAUCUCAAGUCUAUCGCAAUCUGGAGCGGAACCAAGUGUGCUGGCAGGCAACGAUCGAUACUCUGCGGCUAAAUGAACCACGCUCCACAAUGGAUGUAGGGACUACUCUCAGUAUGUCCCACCUAUAGUGUACAGACACACGGUGGCGACUGAGGUGAGUCUGCCUCCCACUUGAGUGCAUCCGUGUCAGCCACUCCGCUCCCUUCCUUUCUGCGUGCUGCAACUGCACGAACUCCAGAUAACUCAACCCGCCGCAUGCUUGAAGAAACUUCUCAGCAGAGUCAAGUCGCCCUGCUUAUUCCGCCUCUUGCCAGCCCCUCGUUGCCCUAUACCACAGCGUCUACCCCCAGACGUCUCCAAAAUAUAGAUUUAUUGUACGCUCGUUUGAUCCUGUCUGCCUUAGCGCGCGAUCCGCAUGCCAUACGGCCUCAUCGCUCCUUCGCAUAGCCACGCACACACCGCAGACAACGGCCGCUACGAGCCGACAUCCGGCGUCCCUGGGACAUGUUUCGUGACGACGAGGACGACGAGCCUCGACGAGCUCGCGGAUCCCAUGGUAAACAUCUAGGCACCUGCACAGAGAUCGGCACAGCCGGUUCGAAAACGGUCCCUGACGCAGCUGUGACCGUUCCUUCUCGACCCUUGCAUGCGCGUGGCGGAUACACGUACUCCCCCUGCACCCAGAAGAACUCGGAGCCGGGUCUGGGCACGCGAAUGAGCCGGAGCGGUGCCACACCUCCCCAUCUGCGUCGCGACCUCACGGGCGGGUCACAGCAUCACGUGGUAUUGCCCUCUGCGAUUCCCAUCCCUCUGUCUGGACCUCGAUGGGACGGCGACGUUCCCGAUCGCGUUUCUCUCCCUGUGCGUCGGGCUCUUCGCGGCCGCCCCCCUCGAGGUUGGGCUGGACCCGACGCUCGCCGCAGAAAGGGCGCUCUGCGCCGGUGAUCGGAGGGGCUAGAGCUCAUAAACAUCAUUAACACCACAUCCAUCCAGUCGUUUGAUCGAGUCGGCAACUGAACACCUGUUAUCCCGAUAUGGUGUUUUCCUGUCUGCUUCGAUUUGAUGGCACAAUCACGUGGGGUCAUGCUGUUAUCCCCGACGUCCCCUAUUUCGUCGAGAAUCAAUCUGAAGCUUCUUCUCGAGCCCCUCUCCACUGACACCGACGGAGGUGCACCCAGUGCGAGUAUGCGGGGAUCGGGACCCUCUCGUGCGCUGUGCCCACGUGGUAGACCGAAGCGCAUGAUCAUGACACUCCGAACGGCCGGUCAACGGCGCAGAGAUGACGCGCGUGCCGCCAGCAUCCCCAAAGCUUGAGUGCGCCGUGCGGGUGGCUCAGGGAGUGCACCCGGUGCGAUGCGACGACAUGGAAACGAGGCGACGAGGGGUGGUGUUGCGACAGAAGUUUCGUCAUGCAUAUGCCGGGAGAACGUAGCGAUGCGCAGGGUUCGUUUGUCGACGGUCACCGAGCCCACGCGAUACGAUAAUCCAAACAUGGCAGUCAGCAGACCAGACUCAUAUUGCAGCAAGCUUCUCGCCGACCUCCGGUAUGUAUGUACACAUACCAACGUGCUUUACGAGCUAUCAGCACCCCAGUUCCUCGGCAGAGGGGUCCGGCCGGCUGUGAAGCGAACAGGGUCGGUUCGCGCCCGUGAUGGACGGACGGGCCAGAGCCUCUGAUAGGAUGCAAUGUCGGAGCUACGGGAUUAGUUACCCGGUUCAGAACUCGAUUCCGUUUGUCCUUCUGGCCCCAGCUGCGUGGGCGGGUCCUCGAAUUUCUCUCCCAGCUCGACCAACGACGUGAAAAGGCCCACCACAUCCACCGUGCGGGCUGUCAGUGUGCAGCGGUGGCUGUGAGUUCCCACGGUUGAACUGGUCUGCCGCCGCUGUUUCCAUCCCAGCGCGGAUGUCCCGAGAAUCGAAUUCCGAUCAACCUGUCAAAAAGAAUACCGUGCUUCCAUGCUGGGUCCGGUGGGGUGUGCUGGUACAAUGGUAGGCAAGCAAGAGCCCGGGUGCAGUAGCCUGGGCGAAUAUGCUGUGAUCUACCGAUGCAUUAGGCCGAGCAAUCGGCCUAAGCUGCGCUGUACGGUAUAAAAAGGUGAUCCAUUCGCAGCAGAUUCCAGACAGAAACCCACCCGCCGCCGCAAGAUGCACACCUUCGCCACUCUCUUCGCUCUCCAACUCGCCCUCGUGUCCGGCGCCCUCGGUGCGCCCACCGCGAACGUUCCCCGCGCAGCCUGCGUGGACGUCAUGGUCAUCUUCGCGCGCGGCACGACCGAGGCUCCGCCGAUCGGGACCGUCGCAGGCCCGCCGCUCCAGUCUGCGCUCACCAGCGCGCUCCGCAGCUCGGGCAAAACGCUCUCGUUUGCGGGCGUCAGCUAUCCUGCCGACGUGCCGGGAUUUUUGGCUGGCGGCGACCCGCAGGGCUCGAAGACCAUGGCCGCUGACCUCACGAACGCGGCGAACUCGUGCCCCAAAGCCGCGCUUGUGACGGUCGGCUACAGCCAGGGCGGCCAACUGGUCCACAACUCGGCCAAAAUGUUGUCCUCCACCGUAUCGUCCCGGAUCAAAGCCGCAGUGAUCUUCGGCGACCCCGACAAUGGCACGGCCGUCGCGGGCGUCAGCGCGGCGAACACUAAGAUCAUAUGCCACACUGGCGACAAUAUCUGCGCUCACGGAGACCUCAUCCUGCCGCCGCACUUGACGUACGGCCAGGAUGCGUCGUCUGCUGCUGCUUUCAUUGUCAGCAAGGUGUAGUUAAACUCGUGGAUUGUGAUCCACCAAAUUCGAACGUAAAGAGAGAAAGGAUAGUGUAGGCUGUGAGAGAAUGUUUUACUCUAUGAAAUUUGUAAUAUCAUAUAUAAGAACUCGA